AUGACUGAGGUCGGAGCCGCCGAUCUAUCAAGGCUGCUUCAAUCAAAGCGCAAUGAGUGCAGUUCAAUUGUGACGUCGCGGAAGCGAAAGCUGCGCGAGCUGUUCGCUGUUGCGACACAGUCCGAGGGUCUGCCGCACCCAGUCUUGACCAACCUCGACGCGCCGACCACAACAUCGGCCGAAUGGCAGUUUUUGCAAGCCAACGAUAUUAUCCAAGGCAAGACAUUGAACGAAGCCAGUAUUCCCCCAAGACCAAACUUCUCCCUAGAAAUAUUCAAAAAGUCCCUUGCAAAGUCGAUAUUCAUUGCGAACGAGUCAGCGCCAAAGCAAACUUUCGACAAUCCAAACAAGUCUUACGCAGCGGAUGCGCAGAAUGAAACCCAAUCUAAUGGUGGCCUUUUAUCCACGAAACCCGAUGCUCCUACUGCUUCGACAAGCACUUCCACGCCCGAGACUUCAACAGAACUAGUUGCGACCGUCAAUACCGAUCCUGCUCCUACUCCAAAUGGUCAAGCUGUGCCUUCAUCUGCCGGCACGACGGUGAAACCGGCACCAAAGACCUCUCCUAGUGUUCCUGCUUCCACUGGCGCCAAUGCAAAUCCGGUACAGAAGGGAGAGAAGGACGAUGAAUCAAUUGAAACUGGACUCAUACCACGCCAGCAUCAAGUCACCUUUGAAACAGGAACCAAGGGCGAGCAUGUUGAGACUGGAAAGGCCGUAUUAGAGAAGUCUGGGCGAGGUUUCGGAGCUUCUGCGACGAACAGAGGUGUUCCAUUGACGGUUAACCCCUCUACUGAUGCGGCUCGUCCUGCGGAUGCUUUGUCAUCGCCUGGUUCAACAGCACAAAGUGCUACAACACCUGCGGUGCAUGAUGAUGCUUCCACGGACACAAGCCCAGAACAUGAGGGGUCACAGUAUGCCGAACCAGUAGAGCAGAACAAGAUUGGGGAUGAUCCUGAUGGUGGGUAUACGGAUAAACAGUCUAGGAGCCAGGAAAGCAGCGCCACUCGAGCCUCUUCAACUGAAGCCCUGGAAGAUCGUGUACUGGAAGCACCCCCUGACUCUGCUGAAGCACAACUUCUUCAAGAGUCUAUUCGAUCGAGUGUCGCAGCCAAGGCAGAGACAACACAGUCGUCAACGAACACUAGCCAUGAAGCAGACACUGCUAUGGCAGUGCCUGUGUCCGAAGAUGUUGAUAUGUCGGGCAUCGAUGAUGCAGCCGACAAGAAUGUGUCUACAGUCAGGGAAGAGCUUGAGGAGAAAUGUGCUCAGCAAACACUCGAUGCUGAUGUGGCGCCCGCUGUGGUAGCUGGUUCGCCUGCAGAGGCUUCGGACAGUAGGGUAAUUCCAGACAGUCAAGAAGAGGCUCCUGAACAGAUGGACGUUGAUGUCCUUGAGCCUAAAGCAAGUGCUGAAAGUCAAAUUGAAGGGACGUCAACACCUGCACCUGAAAAGUCAGAUGCAGCUGAAGCCCCGUCAACACCUGGGCCCGCCCCUAUUGACACCGAGCCUAUUGCUGCCACUGUGGAACCUGGUCGUAAAGACUCGCCUCCGAAGGUCGAGCGUGCUGUCACUAGAGUUUCUUCUGGUGCAAUGCGCCCGAAGUCAGUCAGCGAAAUAGUUGGCGCGACCCCACGCCAGACGCCGACAUUGGAACAAUCUUCUACCAACAAGAGCUUGGUCAACCAGCUUACUCCUCUAACUUCCACUCCAAAGUCACCGAGCCUGAGGCAUCGCCAUAUGUCCGCCCACCGAAGACAGCGAUCUCGAAGCCAACCCUCAACCGUCGUGUUUGGAAAGCAGUCCAAGAAGGUCGAAGAAAAGUCAUUGGUGGCAAGCCAGCGAGACACGAUUCUCCCAACCGAAGACUACUACACUCCUCUUUUUGUUCAAGGCUUUGCUGGAAGUUCAUCCUGGAUGCAGCCAAUCGAGAAAAUCCUGUACACUGCCAACAAAACCGUCACAACCCCCGAUGCCAACCUGGCGAUCCAGGACCACCAAGCAUGUAAGGUUUUGAGGCGCGUCUACCAUCUCCAGCAGCACGACAAAUGGUCUUUACGACAACCCAAACGUUGCCCUGAGCCAACUCGGCCUCCGUCUCACUGGGAUGUCGUGCUUCAGGAAAUAAAAUGGAUGCGAACAGACUUUCGAGAGGAACGAAAAUGGAAGAGAGCCGUAGCCAAGAAUCUUGCGUAUGCCUGUGCAGAAUGGCAUGAUGCUACCCCCGAGGAGCGCAAGAUGAUGCAAAUCCAAACUGUCAUACCGCCCAAGAUACAGUCAGUAGCCGAUGUUUCUAUGGCUGACGUCGAGGGUGUAAACCAACUGACACCCGACCUCGUCUCUAGUGGAGAUGUUGAGUCUAUAGACAACUUGGACGAUCUUAUCGAAGACUUUCCGGAAACAAUAGCGCCAUCUGCAAUAUUCAAUCUGCAAGAUGACGACGUUGUGUUUGGUUUACGUCGAACUGCUGCUGCAGACCAGCUUUUGGAAGAGCUUCCUAUGUUUGGUGCGCCUCUUCAGGUUCCCAAGUUUGAUCUUACUGGCCCUGAAUGGGAUCCUGAUGCUCACUGGCGAAGACCAGCUCUACCAUUGAGCAAAUAUGUUGAGGGCCACAUGAAGUUGGUUUCAGAUGGCCCACCGAGAAAGCGCAGUCGGUACAAUUAUCAGAACGAGGACUCCGAUGACGAGAGCGAAGCUGGUUUCGUCAGCGGUGAUCCCAUGCCUAGUCUUCCCCUACCGCCAGUUACCGACGAGGUCGCCCUGUUCAACCCCGAAAUGAAGCACAUACGUGAUCGCUUGUACGUUGGUCAUCAGUUCCGGCCGCCUUCCGAGUACCCCAUGCCUUCACAAAGUUUCUUCGAGUGCCGUAAUCCAUCACAAUGGACAAUUGCCGAGGAUGAUGAAUUGAAAAGCCUUGUCCGGGAACAUUCCUAUAACUGGUCUCUUAUCUCCAGUAUACUUACACCCAAGUCCACUUUCAAUUCUGGCGCGGAGAGGCGCACUCCCUGGGAAUGUUUUGAGAGAUGGAUCACACUGGAAGGGCUUCCGGCUGAUAUGUCCAAGACACAAUACUUUAAAGCCUACACGGGUCGUAUCAAUGCGGCUCAGAACAUUAUUAACCUGCAGAACCAGGCAAUAGCACAGCAAGCCAGCCAAGCCAACGGAGCUGUCACUCCUGGACGACGAAGGCCUCAAUCUGUUCCUGUUAGAGUUGAGAGGCGACGUAACCAGAAACACCUUACGAUGCUUGAUGCUAUGAGGAAACUGGCCAAGAAGCGAGAGACGACAGCUCAAAAGCAACAACAUACAGCAUCGCAGAAUGCAGCCAACAAGAAAGCCAAUGACCCAGCGGCGCAACGCCCGACUAAAACACCAGGAGAAUACAGCAGGCUACGAUACGAACGAGACCAAGCUCUGGCCGAAAAGAUGGCGCAGUAUGCGUCAAGGCAAGAAGCUCAAAGACGAGCUGUUUUGCAAGCUAGAGCUCAAGGUCAAGCUGCCCAGAUGGCUGGUACUCCUGGAGCUGUGCAGGCAAGUCAAAAUUCGGCACAAGCUGCUGCUGCUGCAGCCGCCGCCGCAGCCGCCGCAGCCAAUGGUAUGAACGGCGUUGGCCGUGUCAAUGUUCCCAACCAACUCGCCGUCGCUGCUGCUGCUGCCGCGGGGCAGGCGCGUCCCCGGAUGCCCAUGCAAUCGCCUGCUGCUAACGGCAUGGGAGGUGUACCGGCUCAUAUGACCGGCGGACUCGUGCCGCCAACUCAAAUGAACGGUGUACAGCAGGCUCAAAUGCAGGCAAUGCAGGGGCAACACAACCGCAUGCCGAUACCGAACCCCCCACCUGAUGUUAGCUUGAUGAUGCGCGCCCAACGUAUAUCAGAACAGCAACGAGCUGCACAGAUGCAUGCUCAGGGCGGCCCUGGCACCCCAGGUCAGGGGGCAGCGACAGGGGCUCAGCAGAGCCCCCCUGCGCAGAUGCGAAACGCAGUCAAUGGUGUUAACGGCAUUAAUAAUAACAAUCCGAUGAACCAGAGUUUCUUGAAUAACGCACAGGCAAUGAUGGCCCAGUUCAACCAAGGUAAUCUUAGCUCGCCGCAGGCUAAUGGCCUGCAUAUGCCAUCCGGUCCUGCAGGGUCAAUAGCUCCACGACCACAAACCCAACUCCCUGCAGCUAUCCAAGCUCAACUGAACCAACUUGAGGCACAAUUUCGUACCAAGAACCCCAAUCUCACCCCCGAACAGGCUCGUCAACUAGCUACGGAACACUUGACACGCCUCAUGAUGGCUCAGCGUACUGCAAUGAACUCUGCUGCUGGUACGGCUAAUGGUCAAGGUGGACUUGCCGGGGGCAUCGCAGCCACGACUAGCCCUCACCAAUACGCUGCUCUGCUUCGCCAACAACAGCAGCAGCAGGCAAGUGCGGCAGCAGGUAGCCCCGGCCAACAGCAUCAGCAACCCCACCAGCAACAUCAACACUCUCAGCACCAGCCUCAGCAGCAGCAGCAGCAAGCCCAGGCGAAACAACAGCAGCCUCAGCCCCAACAGCAACAGGCACAGGCGCCGGUGCAGGCCCAGCAUCAGGCACAGCAACAGCAGCAGAGGCAGACGAGCGGCAGUGCUACACCCUCAGCUAGCUAA